AUGGGUCGCGAACUGCAAAAACGGAAGAACCGCUCGUCGCGGGCGACGGUCACCAUGCCGCGCAAGCUGAAGAAGGCCCUCAACCCCACGGGUAGCAACAUUGUUGCGCAGAGCUGGAACCAUAAGGAGACAGCCAGGCAAAACUACGCGCGCUUUGGGCUCGUCGCUAAGCUCGGCACUACGGCCGGCGGGACAAGCAGCAGCAUCAGCGCCAAGCUGCGGUCCAAGAUCACCAUCAACAACAGCAGCGGCGGCAGCGCCGGGGUGCCGGCCAGCAAAGUCGACUCGCUCGAAGUGCGGUCCGGCGACCGCGGGCUGCUGCAGGUGGGCGAGGUGAAGGUGGAGCGGGAUGCCACGGGGCGGAUCGUGCGGGUGCUGCGCGCGGCGAACCCGCUGCACGACCCCCUUAACGCCAUGGACGACGACGACAGUGAAGACAACGACAGCGACGACGACAUGGCCGACGGCGACGCCGCCGCAGAGGAGUGGGGCGGCCUCGAGGAUGACGAGGACGACGAAGACAGACCGUCAGUGGUUCGCGAGCUGGAGCGCGAGGCGAACCGGCCCGUCGAGCGGCCCGUCCGCCACCAGAGCAGCGGCGAGAGCGCGUGGCUAGAGCGGCUGGUAGCGCGCCACGGCAGCGACACGGCGGACAUGGCGCGCGACCGCAAGAUCAACCCCAUGCAGCAGACGCAGGCCGACAUCGCCAAGCGCCUGCGCAAGGCGGGGCUCCUGCAGGCAUAG